AUGGAUGAGCUUUCUAUGUAUUUUUCAGCCGGUAAUGAAACAUCGAAGUCCAAGUUGAAUGAAAAGUCAGCAAAAUCAUUCACAAGGCCAACUAAUUUCCGUAAUGACGCACAACAACGCAAAAGCUUCAGAGGUUGUAUCAAGAAGAAUAAAACUAUAGAUAAUAGCUCAGAUAAUGCUCACAACCCGUUCCUUAGUCUAAACUCUACUCCCAAUAAUCCCAUAUGUGGUAGCUACAGCUGUGGAAAUAUCUCUACAAAAAUGCCACAUAUUCUUCCUCCCGAAAUAGAAGAGGGAAAUAUUGAGUACAAACGGAAAUUAGUUGAUCCUACACCAAAUCGUUUUGAACAGCUUGUUACUCAAAUGAAAUGGCGUCUUAAUGAAGGUGGAGGCAAAGCCAUUUAUAAAUUAGGUGUAGAUGACGAUGGUCAUGUCAGUGGACUUCAUCCAUCUGAAUUAAUCAGUUCGUUAACAACACUUGAACGAAUGGCAAAGCGUCUAAACUCCACUCUUCAUCCUCUCAGAGAGCGUGUUAUUGAACCGACAACUAUUUCUUCGGAUAAAGAAUGUCGUAAAGCUAUUGAAGUGCUUGUUCGUCUAGCGCCAACAACCAAUGAAGGUUCACCAGAUUUAUGUGUAGCUUUAGUUGGUGGAAUGGAUUCAGGCAAAUCAACUUUAAUUAGUGUAUUAACUGAUGGUGAAUUGGAUAAUGCUCGUGGUAAAGCACGUUUAAAUCUAUUUCGUCAUUUACAUGAAGUACAAUCUGGUCGUACAAGUAGUUUAAGUCGUGAAUUAUUAGGUUUUGAUGCAAAUGGUAAUGUUACUAAUUAUAAAUAUGCUGAUGGUAGAGUUUAUCGACGUUCAACCGAAGAAGUUGUUCGAAUGUCAUCCAAUUUACUAACUUUACUUGAUUUAGCUGGACAUUCAAAAUAUCAACGUACAACAUUAGCUGGUAUUUCUUGUAAUCAACCAAUAAUGGGCAUUUUAGUAAUAUCUGCUACAAUUGGUUUAAGUAGUAUAGGAUUAGAUCAUAUACAAUUAAUACGUUCAUUAAAUUUACCAAUGAUCAUUGUAUUAACAAAAAUUGAUCAAUUAUCUCAUGGAAUUGAACAAAUCAAACGUAUUAACAUAAUUUAUCGUCAAUUAAUAUAUCAAUUUAAACAAAUUGAUAAUGCAUGGUCAUACGGUGUACCAUCGUCAUCAUCACCAAUAUCACAAACGAAUACAGACUAUUCAUUUUUAAAUGAUUGGAAAUUGAAUUCAGCCAGAGGGGAUUUCAAUGAUGAUUAUUUUAUGCCACCAUUUUUUCCUGUUUCAUCUGUCACUGGUCAAGGUAUUGAUAACUUAAUGCAUUUUUUAAGUCGUCUAAGUUGUUUAAAUCAAUCACCAAUGCCAACGUUAUCCAUGUCACCAUCAUCAACAACAACAAUCCAUCCAUUUGAAUCUUCUGAUCAUCGAAAUCCAGAUCAUCAUCCCCAUCCUCAUCAACAACAACAACAACAAUCUUUAGAAUUCAAUAAAUUUUCCAAUGAAAAUCAUAUUCAAUUCAUAUUUAAUAAAAUAAAUGAACAAAUGAAAAUUAUUAAAACUUAUCGUGAUUUUAAUGGUACAUUAUUUUGGAUUAAUCAAGUAUUUACACAAAUACCAGGGGUUUCUAAUCCAGUUAUAGUUGGACGUGUACAACUUGGUCAAUUAUUAAAUAAUCAAAUAUUAUGGCUUGGACCAGAUCAAUUUGGUGAUUUCUAUCCAGUUCAAAUUGUUAGUUUAAUGCAUAAUCGUCAAGUACAUGAUAUUGUAUACGCUGGACAGUCAGCAUCAAUGGAGGUGUAUUUUUUACCAAAAUCAUGGAAUAGUAUGAAUGAUAAACAACGUCAAAGCAUCUUACAUAGUAUAUCAUCACCCACUUCACUGUCAUUAACAUCAUCUUACAGAACAAUGAAUGAUCAUAAAAAGUCAUUUUCAUUAUUCGGUAAUAAUAAUGACAAUAUUUGUAAUGAUGAUGAUGAUAACUGUACUGGGAAUGAAGAGAAUAUUCCACAUAAUAAUAAUAAAAAGAAGAAUGUCAACAGUCUAUCGUCAUCACCGUCGGAUAUUUAUCAAUUUUAUUCACCAAUAAAAAUACGUCGUGGAAUGAUUCUUCUCACUUAUCCAAUGUUAUUAACUGCAUAUUCAUUGUUUAAAACAUCAUCACCGGGAUUAUUACCAUGUACCAUCGAUUCUUCCCCGCUAUCAUCAUCACCAUCUGAAUUUAUUUGGAAUGAACAAUUAAAAUCUAAACAUUGUAUUAAUUUCACCGUAGUAUGGACAGUUAAAUUGAAACUAAUUCGUCGUCUACCUAUAGUAUCUUUUAAAUUAGGCAAUCCACCGGUAAUUUUAACGCCAAUUCCAUCAAUUGGACAACGUGUAAGUAUUUAUGCUGGAUGUGUUUGUCAAACUGGUGUUGUACUAGAAACGAUAAAUCAAUGUAAACAUGAACAAGAAAUGCAACAGAACAACUUGAAAGAUUAUAUGGUGAAUAAUGAGAAUCAUUUAGAUGAUACAACGUACAUCUUACUACGCUUUACACGUCAUCCAGAAUUAAUUGAAAUUGGUCGACAAUUUAUAUUAACAUGGAAUGGAAAUUUAAAAACGGUCGGUUAUGCUGUUGAAUUAAUUGACGCAUUAAAACACCAUUACAAUCUUUCAUUGAAUACUCUUUCUGAUAAUAAUAAUAAUGCAACUACUACUAGUACUAGUACUACCAAUAUUCGAGAUCCCAAUGAUAUUCAUGAUUAUUCAAUGAUUGAUAAAAUAAUAGAUCCUAUUUGUUGGAAUAAUAAUAUUCAACAAAAUUCUUUAUCAUUUCAAGAGAAUGAUCAUUAUGAUUGGUCUAGUUUACGACAGUCAUUUAUGAAUCGAACAAUCUCAAUGAAUAAUUAUCCAUUUGGAUCGAUAGAUAAUUUACAUACAUCAUCUAAUGUAUUAUUAUUAUCUUCAUCAUUACCAUCAUCAAAUAUGGAAUUUUAUGGUCAUUUAAGAAAUAAUGAAUCAUGUAAGAGGUCAGCAACAACAACAACAACAACAUCAAACUCUUUAAUUCCUGUAAAUCAUUUAACAAGUUUAUCAGAAUUAGUACAAAAUCAUGAUAUUGAUAUUGAUGAUAACAUUAAUAAUAAUAAUAAUUCCACAGAUAUUGAUCAUUCUACACAGUCUAUAAUUGAUAUUAAUAAUGUUAAACAGUUUUCUGAAUCAUCAAUAUCCUCAUCGGGAGGAGUCGUCACAACAUUCACACCAUCAUCAUCAUCAUCUAAGAAUAAUAAACGACGUCAUAGACGAAAACAGAAACGUUAAUUCUUUGUAGAUCCUCUUUAAUUUAUCUCUGUUUUCUUUUAAC